AUGACAAUGAAAUCUCAGAUUUUACACUAUCCCAGAAUGACGAAAAUUUUGAUGUCUCGUCGAGAAUGGUAGGUUUUUUGCCUUAGAUCCUCUUGAUUUUAAGAUAUAUUAUACUUUGAAGCAUGGGCUUUCAGAAUCCGUUAAAAUUUUUAAAAUCAGACCGAUAAAUUUUGAGAAAAUUUCGAUUUAAUUAAAUGCCCAGCGGACUUAUUUUUCGAAAACUUGACUUUUAUUUGUUUUUUGGUUUCAGAACGUGCUUGGAGGCUUAACAAAUCAUGAAUACGAACUGCAGGUUGCAAAAUCGACAAGACCGGGCAUUUGCUAGUACCUAAAGGCAAAAAUUGGGAAAUUUACAAUUAAAAUCAUAAAAAAAUAUUUUUGGAUAUAAUUAUUUCGCUUACUGCUUAUAAAUAAUACUAAGGACGUGUAUGAUUGCUAAAAACUAAACUCGUAACUCUAAUUAUUACCUAAACGUGUUCGGUAAGACAAAACCUUAUUUUAAAUAGCUUUCGUAUAAUAUGGCAACAACAUUUUUAGAAGUCUGGGUCGCAGCUCGAAUUUUUGACGAAAAUGUUUUUUUUCACAAAACAAAUUGGCGUGUGGCGACUAUGGCAGAUAAAUAAUAUUUUCUAUCGAUAAGAUUUUGCUUAUCUCACGUGUUUUUGUCUUACUUAUCAGUUUCUAGAUCAGUCUUUUGGGGAACUGGCAAAUUUAAAUUAAACGAAGCAGGAAGGUACGUCAAUUGAAAUUUAAUUUGCUUUAUUUCGGUGUUUAGAGACUCGCAAUCCGUCAGACUGAUUACAACAUCUUUUUUUCUACUUCGAAUUUGAUGGGAGUCGCGUGGUAAGUAAAUUUAUUGCACAUUAACGCGUCUUCUUUUGUCUUAGGGUCUUGAAAUCGAAUGAAUCGGCAAAGACAGUGGAAGGAGCUCUAGAACGGGCUGGAGCCACUAAAUUGGGGGCCUUUAAAGUCGAUUGCACAGCUUAUAGACCUACUUUGGAUGUGGCUGGACAGAUAAAGAACUUUUAUGUCCUUCAUCAUAGUGCAUAUCCCGAUUCCUCCAGUAUUUUUGGGGAAUUAAGCACUGACGUGACAAACGUCUCACCCAGAGCAACGUCUGAUCUCGGGUUCGAUCUUAUUCUUCAGAAGUUUUCAAAUGGACUGCUUAGUGAUAACGCGUUGUCUUUUGAAUUAAACGGGUUUGAGUACGCUCUUCGAGACUUCCGGAUACGAUUUGGAGUGGCUUUGAUGGGAAGAUCAUCUUCAAAGGUAAAUUUAAACAAUAUUAAUUUUAUCUGAUUUAGGGUGUGAUAGUUGAGUUUGAGUUUGCCGCAUGUAACAUAGUGAAGGAGUGUAUUGGACUUUUAUCUGAAUUGGUGAACAGUUUCUUCCCCGAACAGAGCAAGGCGAUGCCUCUACCUUUGAUACGACAGAAGAAAGAACUCGAGAAUUAUUACUCUUCUGAUUCGCUAGAACAAUAUUUAAGAAUUUUCCAGGAGAUGAGGAGUUUAUCCAAUUAA